AUAACCCGUGGCCGAACCUCUCCACCUUCUUUUAAACGUCCAUCACUUUCGCUCCGAGCCAUCUUUCUAUAUAUACCCGCUCAAAUAAAUUUCAUUCCGAACCGGAGGUUUGGUCCCUUCGGGACAAGCUUUCCUCUAAAAAAAAUCUCCUCGUGGCCGAUUCUUUUGCCCGCAUUUCUCUCCUCUCUGUUAAACUUCGAGCGCUUCUACGUCAGUCACACUCAACGGAAUCAGUUAUUUGAAAAGCUACAAAUUUCAGCUUAGCAGAGUUGAAGUGUUAUUCUCCAGCGCAUGAUAACACAGUGAUUGAUAAAUUAUUGUUACUAUAAUUGGUUUAGCGAAGCCAACAUGGCCCAAGGUAAUUGGGAAGCUGGUAAGAUGCUUGAUGUUUAUAUUCACGACUAUUUGUUGAAAAGAAAGUUGCAUGCGUCUGCAAAAGCUUUUAUGACUGAAGGAAAAGUGGCCACAGAUCCAGUAGCAAUUGAUGCUCCUGGAGGAUUUCUCUUUGAAUGGUGGUCUGUCUUCUGGGACAUUUUUAUUGCAAGGACUAAUGCGAAACAUUCAGAAAAUGCUGCAGCUUACAUAGAGACACAGCAAUUUAAGGCACAGGAGCAGCAACAGCUACAAUUACAGCAGCUGCAACUCAUGCAGCACCGCAGUGCACAACUGCAACGCAGGGACUCUAAUCAUCCAGCUCUUGGCAGUUCUAUAACCGCAUUAAACUCUGAGGGAAUGGUGGGGCAGUCAUCAGCCAGUGUCUUGGCCAUGAAAAUAUAUGAAGAACGAAUGAAACACCCUCAUCCGAUGGAUCCGGAGACAUCGUCAGCUCUCAUUGAUGCCAAAAAGAUGGCCCUUGUCAAAACUGCUAACAAUCACCAAGGCCAACUGGUACAUGGUAAUUCUGGGAACAUGUCUGCUGCUCUGCAGCAGAUCCAAGCACGGGCACCUUUAACCACUGACAUCAAGUGUGAAGUUAAUUUGGGCACAUCUCAGAAAAAUUUGCCUGUGGAUCCUUCAUCUAUCUAUGGUCAAGCAAUGUUACAGUCAAAAUCUGGACUGGGAGGUUCAGGACUGAAUCAAGGUGUCCCAGGUUUUCCAUUAAAGGGUUGGCCUCUGACUGGAUUUGAUCAAUUAAGACCAAAUUUGGGUGUGCAAGUGCAGAAGCCCAAUAUGCAAACUCAUAAUCAGUUUCUUCUCGCAUCACAUCAGCAACAGCAGAUUUUGGCACAGGCGCAAAGCAACCUUGGAAAUCCAACUAAUUUUGGAGAGUUGGAUCCUCGUAGGUUCUGUCCGUUUCCUCAGGGUAGCUUUAAUGCAAAAGAUGGUCAAGCUACUAGAAAUGAUGGGUCAAUAAGCUCCCCAGUGCAAUCAAAUUCACCUAAGAUGAAGGUGGCUCAGAUGCAGCAUUCUUCCUCUCAACAACAGGAUCAAUCUCAGCAACAGGCUCAUAACAGGAAAAGGAAGCAACACUCUUCUUCAGGAGCUGCUAACAGCACCAGUACAGGAAAUAGAGUAGGCCCUUCACCUAACUCUCCACCAUCGACUCACACCCCUGGGGAUGGAAUGACUACUGCAAGUAGUGCACAGCAUGUUAACAAUGUGCAGAAAAGCUUGAUGAUGAACGGUCCAGAGGAAACUGUAGGUCUUGCAACAUGUUCCAAUCUGCUGGAAGACAUAGAACGAUUUGGGGAUGUUGGUUCCAUAGAUGACAAUAUGGAAUCACUGCUUUCGCACGAUGGAGAUGGAAGAGAUUUGUAUGGAGCCCUGAAACAAAGUCCCUCAGAGUACCAAAAAGAGUCGUCAUCUAAAAGUUUUACCUUUUUUGAGGUUGGCUGCCAACGGACUAGAAAUAAUAGCAAGGUCACUUGCUGUCAUUUUUCUUCUGAUGGAAAGUCACUAGCCAGUGCUGGGCAUGAUAAGAAGGUUUUACUCUGGAACAUGGGUACUAUGCAGACAGAGAGCACACCUGAAGAACAUAAAUUAGUCAUCACAGAUGUUCGCUUCAGGCCAAAUUCGUCUCAGCUGGCAACAUCUUCAGUUGAUAAAUCUGUCCGAUUAUGGGAUGCAGCCAAUCCAAACUUUUGUUUGCAAGCAUAUACUGGACACAAUUCACCAAUUAUGUCCCUUGACUUCCAUCCUAAGAAGACUGAUAUUUUUUGUUUUUGCGAUACUGACAAUGAAAUUCAGUAUUGGAGUGUCAAUCCCUUUUCAUGCACUCAUGUUGCCAAGGGAGGUACAGCACAAGUGAGAUUUCAACCAAGGAUUGGACAUUUGUUGGCAGCAGCAUCAGAUAAAGUAGUUUCUGUCUUUGAUAUUGAAACUAAUCGGAAAACACAUUCAUUUCUGGGACAUUCAGAAUUGGUGAAUUACAUAUGCUGGGAUGCAAAUGGAGAUUUUCUGGCAUCUGUUAGCCACAACUUGGUAAAAGUUUGGUCAAUAAUGUCAGGGGAGUGCAUUCAAGAGCUUAGCUCGAAUGGGAAUCAAUUUCACUCUUGUGUUUUUCACCCAAGUUACUCAACUCUUUUGGUGAUUGGAGGAAUCUCGUCACUGGAGCUGUGGAACAUGGCUGAGAAUAAGAGCAUGACAAUUCCUGCUCAUGAGAAUAUAAUCUCAGCAUUGGCACAGUCACCUGUGACAGGAAUGGUGGCAUCUGCAAGUCAUGACAGCUCUGUUAAGCUGUGGAAAUAAAUCCUGUUGUAUAAUAAUAACACCCUAUUUUUCUUGCAGCUUCCGACUAAACAAACGCCGAGAUCUCGGAAAAAAGGCAGACAGCAAGCAAUAUAAAGUUUGUCUACACAAACCUGUGAAGAUAGAAGAAUGCAACUGGGUGAUUAGAUCAAUUGUGAAACAAUUAUUAAGUGCGACAUUAUAAAAUGUGUUUCUGUUUUCAAUUUGUUCUAAAAUUUGAGCCUAGAGUCAAAUUCUGUGAAGCAGCUUGUAGUUGAGUAGCAAAUUUUUCACGGAUAAAUGGAGGCGAAAAACGCUUAUGUCAAUGUGCAUGUUAAAAGUUGUUUGUUUUGUCCUUAACAAUGCUAUAUUUUGCCUUUUGCAUAAA